GUGGCAGGGGGCCCCCGGCUCCCGCGGGAGGCCACGCCGGAGUGCCCGCUGCUUGCAGGAGACAGAGAUCACAAGUAGGCAGAGAAGCAGGCAGAGAGAGAGGGAGGAAGCAGGCUUCCUGCUGAGCAGAGAGCCUGAUGUGGAGCUCGAUUCCAGGACCCUGGGAUCAUGACCUGAGCCGAAGGCAGAGGCUUAACCCACUGAGCCACCCAGAUUAAUACUAAAAUUGGAAGUUUAUCAAUUGCUGAAUAUUGGAAAUUGGAUGUAAUGGCAGCAGAAUUUAUAAAGAGUUGCUGUAGAGGAUGUUUCUAUGGUGGCACAGAAAAGCAUAAUUUUUCCAGGGAGAGAGACUUUCAAGCAGCAGUCUCAGAGACUCAGGAUACCCCCGUCUCUGUCCCUCCCUUGACUGCUGUUUCGGUAAAGCCUCAGGUUGGCUGUACUGAGGAUUACUUGCUUUCCAAAUUACCAUCUGAUGGCAAAGACGUACCAUUCGUGGUGCCCAGGUUUAAGCUCUCAUAUGUUCAGCCCAGGGUACCAGGAACUCUGUCACAUCUGGAGGAACUUGAAGGAUCUGCCAGAGCAUCUUUUGGAGAUCGAAAGGUAGAACUUUCCAGUUCAUCCCAGCAUGGACCUGGCUAUGACAUUUACAACCCGUGCUACAGGUAUCCGCACAUUUCACCUGAUCUGAACCGGCGCCUUCCUCCUCGUUCAGAAGCAGUGAGACUGUAUGGAUCAGUUUGUGACUUAAGGACCAGCAAACUUCCCAGUUCCCCUGGGCUAAGCAAGUCUAUGUUUGAUCUUACAAGUUCAUCUCAGCGGUUCAUGCAGAGACAUGAUUCCUGGUCCAGCAUGCCUAGCACUUCUUCUUCAAGGAAAAACUCCCAGGGCAGUAACAGAAGCCUGGAUACAAUUACUCUGUCAGGAGAUGAAAGAGAUUUUGGGAGAUUGAAUGUGAAAGUGUUUUAUAAUUCUUCAGUAGAGCAGAUCUGGAUCACAGUUUUGCAGUGCAGAGAUUUAAGUUGGCCUUCUAAUUGUGGAGACACUCCUACUAUUUCAAUAAAAGGAACACUGACAUUGCCCAAACCUGUGCAUUUCAAAUCUUCAGCAAAGGAUGGCUCUCAUAUUAUCGAAUUUAUGGAAACUUUUGUUUUUGCUAUUAAACUCCAAAGUCUACAAACUGUAAGGCUUGUAUUUAAGAUUCAAACCCGGACUCCCAGGAAGAAAACCAUCGGAGAAUGCUCACUCUCACUCAGAACUCUCAGCACACAGGAGAUGGAAUACUCUUUGGAUAUAAUGCCACCUUCAAAAAUUUCUGUUUGCCAUGCAGAACUUGAACUGGGGACUUGUUUUCAAGCCGUAAAUAGCAGAAUUCAGUUACAGAUUCUUGAGGCACAAUACCUUCCAAACUCUUCAACACCUCUUGCUUUGAGUUUCUUUGUGAAGGUGGGAAUGUUUAGUUCAGGAGAGUUGAUUUAUAAGAAGAAGACACGCUUACUGAAGGCCUCCAAUGGAAGAGUAAAGUGGGGAGAAACUAUGAUUUUUCCACUUAUACAGAAUGAAAAAGAAAUUCUUUUUCUUAUUAAGCUUUACAGUCGGAGCUCUGUAAGAAGAAGACAUUUUGUGGGGCAGAUUUGGAUAAGUGAAGACAGUAAUCACACGGAAGCAGCAAAUCAGUGGAAAGAAACAGUUACAAAUCCAGAAAAGGUUGUUAUCAAGUGGCACAAAUUAAACCCAUCUUGAAGACAUGACACGUUAAUUUGGUGAAGAACUUGACAUUGUUUUAGAAGACUUGUGAUUUCAAUUUGGUACCAAUGAGAAGAGACAGAUCAAUACCCUUGUUAAUGUAUUUAUGGAGGUCAUAAUUAUAAUAGUUGAUGGAUCUUAUGGAAAAUUAAAUUUGAUAUAAAAAAUGGGAUGAAUUAUAUCAAAUAUCCAGAAUAAAGGGAGUGUUUUAAAACUUGCCAAAAUAUACAGUAAAAGAGUAGUACGCUAGGGCAAGUAGAUAAAUUACACAAUCAAUGAGAAUUUCAACCAUAGGUAGUUAUUGCUAUACUAUGUUGAUGGGUUUUUUUUUAAAGCUUUACCUAGAUAUUAAAAAUCUGGUAUAUCAAAUCUCUGUUAACACUAUUAGAAUGUAGAAGACUUUGCUGUUGACUAUGUCAGUGCUGAUCAUUAUUGAUUAGACCUUGACUCCACUGUUUACCUCUUGCUAUGUAUUUUCUCUCAGAAAGCAAAAAUGAAUUAAAUCACUUCCAACUCUUCUGUAUUUGGGAAAAAUUUGUGCCCUGUUUUUCUAAUUUCUUAACAUAAGGCAUCAUAUUGCCACUUUGUAAAUUAUUUAUCUCCAAGAAACUUCAAAUAUAUAAAACACUGCAGUUUGGCAAGAAUAAAUGAAAACACCAGAAGGUUAAAGUUUGAUUGGAAACCUAGUGUAUAUACAUUUUGCCAUGUGUUUUUCUCUCUCAAAUAUUUUACCCUUUGUUUUCAUUGGGUUUGGAGUAAGAUUAUCAUCUGUAUUAUCCAUCCUAAUACUGCUAAUUGCAGAAUUAAAUGAGCUUAAUUAGCAAGUUCAAUAUUUUAUGAUAAUCAUUUCCUUCUGUUUAGUUUUUUUAAACAUAAGCUACUUGUUCUAUAAUCCACAACAUUAUUUCCCCCAUGUUUUUAAAGAAGUCAUAUCAUAGUAAAUAUUCUCUCUUUGUUUUUAUGUUUUGUUUUGUUUUGUUUUGAGGGGAGGGGCAGAGGGAGAGGGAGAGAGUCUGAAGCAGGCACCACUCCCAACAGGAAAACCAGUGUGGGGCUCAAUCUCAUAAUCCUGAGAUCAUGACCUGAGCUGAAAUCAAGAGUCAGAUAGCUUGACCGACUGAGCUACCCAGGUGCCUUGCUAAUAUUUUCUAUAGCAGUUUCUCUCAGGUACUCACUAAGAGUCAGCAUGUGGGGGCACCUGGGUGGCUCAGUGGGCUAAGCCUCUGCCUUCAGCUCAGGUCAUGAUCUCAGGGUCCUAGGAUCAAGGUCCGCAACAUGUUCUCCGCUCGGCAGGAAGCCUACUUUCCCCCCUCUCUCUCGGCCUACUUGUGAUCCCUCUCUGUCAAAUAAAUAAAUAAAAUCUUAUAAAAAAAAUAAGUUAUUAUAUGGGCAUAAUGUCAAGUUAGUUGGCUAUACAAGCUAUGGCCAAAAAGAACAGCUCUUUGGAGAAACAGAUAAUGCCAUUGUUAGCCUUAGAAAGUCCAACUUUAGUUUUGCUAAUGAGUGGACCAAGUGCUCUGUAAUCAUGAUUUUCCAUUUUUCUUUCUGUCUUACCAUGUUCUACAGAUGCCAAGAGAUAGAUGGUGAUGUUAGGCUAGAAGAUACUUUGGUAUAGCUUCUGCAUACACUCUUCAUUCUAGUUGUUAUGUUCUGUGUAUCUCAUUAAGAUUUUCUCAAAUGAACAAUUCCUCUUUUCCUAGGUACCGUGUUCACAAGGCACAAAAUAUGCAUAGUUUACUUGUCCUUUGUUUCCAUUCCCUAGAGUUUAUGUUAUACUGCUGACAGGGACUCUCUAACACUGCAUUUGGAAAUAAUUUUUUUUCUUAGAUUUGUGAAAAAUGCUGUAUUGGUCAGUUUUCACAUGAACUUUCAAGAGAGAUCACCUUGUAUGGUAGUGUUUUUAAUCUUUGAGGCAAAUGACUAUUUUUUAGAGAAAUUUUAGGUUCACAGCAAAAUUGAGAGGAAGGAAGUACAGAGAGUUCCCAGAUACCCUUUCCCCCCUCAUACACACAGCCUCCCCCAUAUCAACAUCUCCCACCAGUGUGAUAACAUUUGUUAAAAUCAAUGCAUCUAUACUGACACAGCAUUAUCACCCAAAGUCUGUAGCUUACAUUAAGGUUCACUCAUGGUAUUGUCCAUUCUGUGAGUUUCGACCAGUGCAUAAUGUCAUAUAUCCACCACUCUAGCAUCAUAGAGAAUAGUUUCACUGCCUUAAAAACCCUCUGUAAAUGCACCUAUUUUAGUAGCUACCAAAUAAGUAUAUUGGCUUUUAGAUAACAAAUAACAGACAUUAUUGUUUUAAGAAAUCUAGAACUUUAUUUGGGCAGUUUUUUGUGUUCUUUUGAAACUCUUAGUUCCUAAAUUUAUUAUAUGUAGUCAUGUAUUUAAUUCCAUUUUAAAUUAUUUAAUUUUUAAUAUUUUUGCAAUAUGUAUAUAAUGUAUAAUUUCAGAGAAAGUGUGAUUUCUUGGUUUCUUAUAUGUCUUAGAAUCCUAGGUAAAUUAAAAAAAACAACUUUUCAUUUAAAUGACCUUUCAGUUAGACUAGUAUUGAUACAACUAAGUUCCUAAAUAUUUUAAUUAGUUUUACUUAAGCCUUUUUCAGGUAUAAGAGGUACUGAAUAAAGAUGAUAUCCUGGUCGUCUCUCUGAAGCUUUACAUGAAAUAUAAAAAGAAAGAAACCCUUCUGUUAAUUAAUAGCUGUUCAUAUUAUGAGAAAAACAUUAGAAGCUGGUAAUAAAAAAAUGAGAUGGUAAGCAAAAA